AUGGCGGAUUUGUUAAAAGACUCCCGUUUUGGGAAUAUUGCAAAAGAUCCGAAAUUUAGAAGUAUGCCGAAGAGUAAACGAAAAAUAAAAAUAGAUGAAAGGUUUCGUCCAAUGUUAACAAAUAAAGAAUUCUGUGUAAAAUAUAAAUUCGAUAAACGAGGUAGACCAGUUAAUCAAUCUUCAGCAGAAAAUCUUAGGAAAUAUUAUGGCGGUUCUAGUGAUGAUGAUACAGAUGACAAUGAAGAUCAUAAAAGUCAAGAUGCUGAUGAUUCUGAACUUGAGAGCGAUAAUGAGCAAAUUGAGUCUGACAACUCUGAAAAGAGUGACAAAUUACAGGAAAAAAAUGAAUUAAAACAAUCUAAUAAAUUAAAAACUGAAACAACGAAAAAGGCUAGAAGAAAACUUAAAAAGAAAACUGAAACAAAAAAUGAAGCUGAUUCAAAUGAACAUGAUAGUGAUGAUGAUGAUGAUGAUAAUGAAGUUGAUGGGGAUGAGGAUGAUGACGAUGAUGAGAAUAAAGAUAAAGUUCAACAAAAUAAAAAUGAAACAAAAAACAGGGAUUCCAAUACAACGCAAAAACUUAAAGACCUUUCUGUUGAUUAUGCCAGAGGUCACGCUAACCUUUAUUCAGACAGUUCAUCAUCAGAAGAAGACGAAUCUGAAGCAUCCGACCUAGAAAAUAUUAUCCACAAGUGGGGAGAGUUGGAUAACGAUGCUGAAGAAAUUAAUGAGACAACGACGCGCUUAGCACUUUGUAAUAUGGAUUGGGAUCGAAUACGUGCUGUUGAUAUUAUGGCAUUAGUUAUUUCAUUUUUACCUCCAGGUGGAUUGGUGAAAUCAGUCACUAUUUAUCCAACAGAGUUUGGGCUUGAGCGCAUGAAAGAAGAAGAAUUAAAAGGACCAAUUGAAAUAACAGAAGACAAGAAGAUUGAAGAAGAAGAUGAUAAUAAUACUGAUGACGAAGAUUCGGCGAUUCAAAAGGAGAAAAUAAGAUUGUAUCAGUUAAAGAGGCUUCAGUAUUAUUUUGCACUUAUCGUUCUUGAUUCUAAAGAAACUGCUGAAGCUAUUUAUCGAGCUCUCGAUGGUUUCGAGUAUGAGUCAAGUUCUAAUAAAAUGGAUCUACGAGUUAUUACUGAUGAUAGAGUAUUCGAUCAAGAACCCAAAGAAGUAUGUGAUAAAUAUCCAGAUUCUACCAAUUAUAAGCCGAGACUUUUUACAACUAAAGCAAUGCAGCAGGUUAAAUGUGCAUCGACUUGGGAUGAAACGAGUUUUGAGCGCCAAGAAAUAGCCGAAAAAAUGAACAAAGGGCGAAUAGAUGAAAUCAAUCAUGAUGAUAUAUCUAAAUAUGUUGCAACAAGUUCAAGUGAAGAUGAACCAGAAAUUGACAAUGAUAAUAAUUUAGAUCAAAUUAAAGAGAUUGAAAAUAAUCAAAGUAAAAAGAAAAAUAAAAAUGACAUUGCUAUUUAUAAAUUAUUAUUACAGCAGAACGCAGAGAAUGAAAAAAAGAAAAAAAAAUCUGACAUUGAUUUUGAGUGCGAGUGGGGAAUGAGAGAAGAAAAUGAUUUGAAAGAAAAUACAGAAAAAUUAGUAAAGAAAAAAAUAGAUGAGAAAGAAAAAGAAAAAUUAACGCCUUUUGAUAAAUAUAAACUAAAAAUUCAAGAGAAGAAGAAAGCGAAGAAAUUAAAAAAGAAACAGCUGAAAAAUAAAACAGGAAACGGAUCUGACAGUGAAGAUUCUAUUCCGUCGGAUGUAGACAUGAAUGAUCCUUACUUCAAAGAAGAAAUGAUGAUGAACAUGAAACCUAAUAAAGCUAAAAAUAAAAAAUCUAAAAAGAAUGCUGUUGACUCUGAUGAUGAAGCAAAAAAACAAGAGAAUGCGGAACUAGAAUUGCUGCUAUUAGACAAAGAAGAUGACAAAUUGAAAAAUCAUUUUGAUAUGAAUAAAAUAGAACAGAAUGAAGCAUUGUCAAAGUCGAAAAAGAAGAGAUUGAUGAAAAAAAAUAAAGGGAAUAAUAGUGAAUUCGAAGAUAAGUUCGAAAUCAACGUUGAAGAUCCUAGAUUCACUGCAGUCUAUGAUUCUCCUGACUUUCAUAUUGAUCCUACUGAUCCGCAUUUCAGAAACACAAAAGGGACCGAACUUAUAAGAAAAGAAAAGUUUAAACGACAAGGACAGAAAAUUAGUAAUCAUAAUAAUGACAAUAAUAUUCCUGUCGAGGAACCACCUGUCAAGCGCCCAAAAAACACUAAAUCAUUGGAUGAUGAUGUCAACGCUCUUGUUAAACGUAUCAAGUCUAAUACAAAAAAUAUAUCUCAAAAAAUAAAAUAG